AUGACUCGAGGGUAAAGGUUAGAAGCAGUGGUGGUUCCGACUACAUAAACGCAAGUUUUAUUGAUGGUUACAAGACGCCGAAGCAGUAUAUCGCCACAUUAGGUCCCAUGUCCCAACAGUUAGGAGAUUUUAGCUUAUUUUGGAAAAUGAUUUGGCAACAGAGGGUUGAGAAGAUUGUUAUGGUUACCAACAUGGUUGAGCAGGGAUCUCCUAAAUGCGAGCAGUACUGGCCAAACCCGGGCACAACUAAGAAGUAUGGCGAUAUAAAGGUGGAGAACCGCUCGGAGGAUGAGUUUGCCGAGUUUACUAGAAGGGCUUUCACAGUGACCAUGGGUACCGAAGCAAGGACGUUGCACCAUUUGCACUUCACGUGUUGA